UGGCCGGUGGGCGGCAGCGGGCCCGAGCGCCCCGGGGCGCGGCCCGACGGCAUGAAGGACCUGGACGCCAUCAAGCUCUUCGUGGGCCAGAUCCCGCGCCACCUGCACGAACAGGACCUCAAGCCGCUCUUUGAGCAGUUCGGCCGCAUCUACGAGCUGACGGUGCUCAAGGACCCGCACACCGGCGUGCACAAAGGCUGUGCCUUCCUCACAUACUGCGCCAGGGACUCUGCCAUCAAAGCUCAGACAGCCUUGCACGAGCAGAAGACCCUGCCGGGGAUGGCGCGGCCGAUCCAGGUGAAGCCAGCGGACAGUGAGAGUCGUGGAGGGGACCGGAAGCUGUUUGUGGGCAUGCUCAACAAGCAGCAGUCGGAGGAAGACGUGCUCAGGCUCUUCCAGCCCUUUGGUGUCAUCGACGAGUGCACAGUGCUGCGGGGACCCGACGGCAGCAGCAAAGGCUGUGCCUUCGUGAAGUUUUCUUCCCACACGGAGGCCCAGGCGGCCAUCCAUGCCUUGCAUGGCAGCCAGACCAUGCCGGGAGCCUCCUCCAGCCUGGUGGUCAAGUUCGCAGACACGGAUAAAGAGCGGACACUGCGGCGUAUGCAGCAGAUGGUUGGCCAGCUGGGCAUCCUGACACCGUCCCUCACCCUCCCCUUCAGCCCCUACAGUGCCUACGCCCAGGCUCUCAUGCAGCAGCAGACAACAGUGUUGUCCACCUCUGGCAGCUACCUGAGCCCCGGUGUGGUCUUCCCUCCUUGCCACGUUCAGCAGAUUGGCGCCGUCAGCCUUAACGGUCUGCCUGCCACACCGAUCGCCCCAGCCUCUGGGCUACAUUCACCCCCACUGCUAGGCACUGCCGCUGUCCCUGGCCUGGUGGCGCCCAUCCCCAAUGGCUUCCCAGGCGUCCUGCCCUUCCCUGGGAGCCACCCUGCCCUGGAGACCGUGUAUGCCAAUGGCCUUGUGCCCUACCCAGCUCAGAGCCCCACUGUGGCUGAGACCCUCCAUCCUGCCUUCUCCGGAGUCCAGCAGUACACAGGUAGAGCCAUGUAUCCUACCGCGGCCAUCGCGCCCGUGGCGCACAGCGUCCCGCAGCCUCCGCACCUCCUGCAACAGCAGCGUGAAGGUCCCGAAGGCUGUAACCUGUUUAUCUACCACCUCCCCCAGGAGUUUGGAGACACGGAGCUGACCCAGAUGUUCCUCCCCUUCGGCAAUAUCAUCUCCUCCAAGGUGUUUAUGGAUCGGGCUACCAACCAGAGCAAGUGUUUCGGAUUCGUGAGCUUUGACCACCCGGCCAGCGCGCAGGCGGCCAUCCAGGCCAUGAACGGCUUUCAGAUUGGUAUGAAGAGGCUGAAGGUGCAGCUGAAGAGACCCAAAGACCCAGGACACCCGUACUGACCACGCCCACAGCCCCUCCGCGCUGUGGGUCUGGCCCCAGGUGAGCCGCCAGGCGGCCCUGUGCCCUGCCCAGUCCUGGUGUCAUCUAACCUCCCCCCCCCAUCCCAAGCUCACUCUCCAGACCCUGGGGGUGAGG